AUGAAUCAAGCUUUGUUAGCCAAGAUUGGUUGGAGGUUGCAUAUUAAGGAUGAAGGCUUGUGGGCAAAGAUUUAUAAGGCUAAAUACCUUAAAGGCCAUUCUAUUCUUGAUGAUUUUGUGAUUUUUAGGCAGGAUUGUUCUUCUACAUGGAGAGGUGUGCUUCAUGGUGCUGCUCUUUUAAGGAAGGGUAUGUUAUGGAGAAUUGGGGAUGGUGGUACUGUUAAGUUUUGGAAGGAUAAUUGGGUUUUUGAUGCUCCUUUAAACCAAAAUGAUAGUGGUGUGCAUAUUUGUGACCCAGAUUCUGUUAUUUCCAGUUUUUACAGAGAUGGUUGGUGGGAUAUGGAGAAACUAAGGGCUGCUUUACCUGAAGAGCUGGUCCAAAGAGUUAUUAGCUGUCCUGUGGGGUUUAAUAGUGGGAUACAGGAUGCUCAAAUUUGGAAGUUUUCCUCCAAUGGGAUUUUCUCUGUAAAAUCUGCUUAUAAUAUGGUUUUUGAGGGCUCUACUUGCUCUGAUGUUGCUUGGACGUUUUUGUGGAAGCUGAGGAUUCCUCCCAAGUUGCAUAUUUUCUUUUGGCUUGUUUUUCAAGGAAAAAUUCUUUCUAAUGAGCAAAGAGUUAGAAGACAGCUAUCUUUGGAUGCUUCUUGUGGAUCGUGUCAUUGGCCUAUGGAGUCUAUACUCCAUAUUCUUCGUGAUUGUGUUAAGGCUAAGAAGGUGUGGAAUGCUCUUCUCAAUUCUAGUCAAAGUGCUAGAUUUUUUACUAUGGACUUUCAACCUUGGCUUAGAGUAAAUUUGAUGUCGAAGAUUGUUUGGGCUGAUGGUAUUCCUUGGAAUUUGGUCUUUGUUUUCACAUGUUGGUAUAUAUGGAAAUGGAGGAAUCACUAUGUGUUUCAUGGUGAUGAAGAGUUGGCUUUUGACUCCAUACAAAUUAUUACUGCUGCUGUGAAGGAAUGGUUUAAAACUUCUAAUGUUUCUUUUACCAAGUGUGCUAAGGUUGAGGCUUGGUUUGCUUGGGAACCUCCUCCUGCUGGGGUCUUUAAACUGAAUGUUGAUGGCUCUAGGAAAGUUGCUUUUGGCCAUAUUGGUGCUGGAGGUGUGUUGCGUGAUGUUUCUGGUGAUUGGUGUAGUGGGUUUGCUGUUAAUUUGGGUAAAGGGCAGAUUAUAGAGGCUGAAUUAUGGGGUCUGUUCUUUGGUCUGAGGAUGGCUGUUGCGAAAGGGUUUAAUAACCUUAUCGUUGAGAUGGAUUCGGCUAUUGCUAUCCAGCUUGUUCAGCAGCAUGAUUCUCUUACUUGGCACCCUCUUGCAUCUCUGGUCUCUAGCUGUUGGCAGUUAAUGCAGCAGCUUGAGAAGUGCAGCCUGCAUCAUAUUUUUAGGGAGAAAAACAGUGUUGUAGAUCGUCUGGCUGCUUGGAGUUAUAACUUAGAUCUUGGUAUCUGCGUUUUUGAUGAGGCUCCAAGUUGGAUUGGGACUUCUUUGGUGGAUGAUUUGUUAGGGGUGUCUAGGCCCCGGUUGAUUUGUGUUGGUUAG